CAGGCGAAACUGCGGUCAUCGUCGGUACUCGUGGUCGGCGCCGGGGCUUUGGGGUGUGGAUGCCUGCCGUAUCUAGUCAGGGCGGGCGUGGGACAGAUCACGGUUUGCGACGGUGAUACGGUUGAGCUGAGCAAUCUGCACCGACAGAUUUUAUUUCAUGAGCUGGACAUCGGGAGAAACAAGGCUGAGGUGGCAGCCGAACGUCUAAGGUCAUCAAACUCAGGCGUAGAUAUAAUGGCCGUACCACGACACUGCGGCUACGACAAGCAGACGAUAAUGCGAGUGAAAUCGCAUGACAUCAUCGCUGAUUGUAGUGACAACGUUGGAACGCGUUACUUUCUAAAUGACGCGUGCCUCCUCGCGGGAAAAAUUCUGGUUGUAGCUGCAGCUUUAGGAACAGAGGGUUCUUUGACGCGUUGGAACUAUUCGAGCGGACCGUGUUAUCGGUGUGUGAGUCCAGCACCCUCGCAUCACGAAUCGCAUCGACAGUGCGCUGAUGAUGGCGUCCUUGGUCCUGUUCCUGGCGCGCUCGGUGCGCUGCAGGCACUUGAUAUCCUGCACUGUCUUUCAGGUCUGGGAAACACAGGUUCCGUGCUCAGAGUCUUCGAUGGUUUUUCACUGCGUCCCUUCAGAUUGCCCCCCAAGCGUCGGAACUGCGCGCUGUGUGGCGUUGCCCCGAGUUUAGUAUCCCUCGCCGAUUCGGAGAAAUGGGCCCAAACCCAGGGUCUCGACAUUAGUUCGAACAAUCGGACGUCAAACCUGUGUCCUACUCAGCUACAGCUGGUGAAUCCCUUUGUUUCAGCCGCGAUUAAUAGCUCAGCUCCCUGCCUGAUCAUUGACGUCCGCAAUUCAACCCAGUUCUCCAUCUGCAAACUUCCGAACGCUAUCUCACUCCCCCUACGAGGCAUCCUUCAACAGCCCAAAGUCGCGAAAGAAAAAUUGCAAUGCGCCAUAACCAAGCAAGACACUGUCCUGUUUAUUCUUUGCCGUCGCGGUAUCGAUUCAUGUUUUGCGACUCACACGCUCCUCAAACUCGGCUUUGAAAAUGUUCGGGACGUCGUCGGUGGUCUUGACGCCUGGCGCCGAAAGGCUGAUCCUACAUUUCCACUUUACUGA